CACAUGACAUAUGAUUGUGGUGAAUUGGGCUCGUAGCCCAAAAACGAAACAGCACUGUGGCGCCACUAGUCAAUUCCAUGCUGUCAUCACAACCGAAUCAAACGAGACAGACAUUGUGCGUAAACACGUGCACUGAGCCACACAUAUAUCUCGGCAUUAUCUAUACCAUACAGCACAUUGCUAUCUUUUGAACGAAAGGUCGGAAAAAAACCGCAGAAAAAUGACUGAUACAGAAGUUCGUAAGGAAAAGAAGAAGAAGGAGAAGAAAAUCAAAGAUGAGCCCGUCGAUGAUUUGGGUGAAUUACAGGCCAACGGUACCGUAGCAGUGAAAGCAUCGGAGAAGCUUGCAUCGUUGGACACAUCACAAUGGCCAUUGCUAUUGAAAAAUAUUGAUAAAUUAAAUGUUCGUACCAAUCAUUAUACGCCGUUGCCGUUCGGUUCGUCGCCACUGUGCCGUGAUAUUCGUGAAUACAUUAAGUAUGGUUACAUUAAUUUGGACAAACCAUCGAAUCCCAGCUCACACGAGAUUGUCGCCUGGAUUAAACGGAUUUUGAAAUGCGAGAAAACCGGACAUUCCGGCACAUUGGAUCCAAAAGUCACAGGUUGUCUCAUUGUUUGCAUCGACCGAACAACACGAUUGGCCAAGUCACAACAAAGCGCCGGUAAAGAGUAUGUUGCUGUAUUUAAAUUGCAUUCGGCCGUUGAAUCGGUAGCCAAAGUGAAGCAAGGCUUGGAAAAACUGCGAGGUGCACUGUUCCAGCGUCCACCAUUGAUUUCGGCCGUAAAGAGACAGCUUCGUGUUCGUAGUGUUUAUGAUAGCAAACUUUUGGAUUAUGACACUGAACGGAAUAUGGGCGUUUUCUGGGUGAGCUGUGAAGCUGGUUCGUACAUUCGGACAAUGUGCGUGCACUUGGGAUUGAUUUUGGGUGUUGGAGGUCAAAUGUUGGAACUGCGUCGUGUUCGUUCUGGUAUCAUUUCCGAAGGUGAUGGCCUAGUUACCAUGCACGAUGUCUUGGAUGCUAUGUAUCUGUAUGAGAAUCAUAAAGAUGAAAGCCUUUUGCGGCGCGUCAUUAUGCCACUGGAGGGCCUACUUAUUAAAAAUAAGCGUAUUGUAAUGAAAGACAGUUCGGUCAAUGCGGUUUGUUACGGUGCCAAAAUUAUGCUGCCUGGUGUACUGCGAUAUGAAGAUGGCAUCGAAAUUGAUGAGGAAAUCGUUGUUAUUUCCACUAAAGGCGAAGCUAUUGCAUUGGCCAUUGCCCAAAUGACCACCGCCACAAUGUCAAGUUGUGACCAUGGAGUAUGUGCCAAGAUUAAGCGUGUUAUUAUGGAUCGUGAUUUGUAUCCACGCAAAUGGGGUCUUGGUCCGAAGGCAUCACAGAAAAAAUCCCUUGUUGCUGCCGGUAAAUUGGAUAAAUAUGGACGACCGAAUGAAAACACACCCGCCGAAUGGCUCACCGGUUACGUGGACUACAGUGCACUUAGCAAUGGUGCUAGUGUAAAGACCGAACCCACUGAAGAAACGAAAAAAGCCGACAAACGUAAAUUGAGCAUCGCUACAAAUUCCGAUCCAGAAACCACGUUGGACACAACAGCCGUAAGCGAAUCAGACAAAGUCGAAAAGAAAAAGAAGAAAAAGCGAAAGAAGGACCUUGAAGCGGCCGAAGAAGCCGAACCAGCAGCCACUGAGGAACAACCAGAUGAUGAAGCCGGCGACGAUGAGGCUUCAAAGAAAGAGAAAAAGAAGAAGAAAAAGAAAGAUAAAAACAAGGAAAAAUCCGAUGAUUAAAUCUUUUCACACACACACACAAACAUACGUUCAGAACAAGCUAGUAAAUUCCCUGGUAUUUUCUUUUUAUUUACCAGCUCACAAAAUAUGGACGUUUCUACUUUUGUAUUUUUUUUUUACAUAUUUCGUACAAUUUAGAAGAAUGCUAACUCUUCCAAUGGAUUUCAAACACACACAGACUUCAUUUGAAAUUUUAUUAACAAAAACAAAUUGUUUUGUUUUUCUUCUUUCGAAUUUUAUCGCAUGGUUAAAAGAUAACAAGUCAGGUUAUUGCAUUUACGGCAAAAAGAAAUUACCUCGAUGUCGGUAACAUUUUUGUUAGAAAAAAAAAAAAUGGAAUAGAAGUAUAUUCGUAAAGUUUACGAAGAAUUAUUUAGCUAUUAAGAGAAAAUCUAUUUUCACAGUUUAGGUUAAGCAAACCCCAGAAAAAUAAAAUUAAACCAGAAAUAAA